UCUACUCGUUGCUAUCAUUCCGCCAAAUAAGGGAAAGGAGGUGGUGUGGAAAGAGAGUGGUUACGAGAAGAGAGAUAGUGAAAUAUAAGUUGCUCUGUGCAAUUCAUGUAAGGAACCUGACAUGUCUUACUCCAACAAAUAUAUUUUUGCAUCCCUUCCGAGAACUCAGAGGGGCCAACCAAUUGUUCUGGGAGGAGAUCCAAAGGGAAAAAAUUUUCUUUACACUAAUGGAAAUAGUGUUAUAAUAAGAAAUAUCGAGAAUCCUGCAAUUUCGGACAUUUAUACUGAACACUCGUGCACUACGAAUGUCGCCAAAUAUUCUCCCAGUGGAUUUUACAUAGCAUCAGGAGAUCAAUCGGGUAAAAUUAGAAUCUGGGACACAGUUAACAAGGAACAUUUACUGAAAAAUGAGUUCCAACCAUUUGGCGGACCCAUCAAAGAUAUUUCAUGGUCUCCUGACAACCAACGCAUUGUUGUUGUUGGAGAAGGAAGGGAAAGGUUUGGCCAUGUUUUCAUGGCUGAAACAGGAACGUCUGUUGGAGAAAUCUCUGGUCAGUCUAAACCCAUAAACUCGUGUGAUUUUCGACCUUCACGACCAUUCAGGAUCAUUACAGGAAGUGAAGACAAUACCAUUGGUGUGUUUGAAGGACCACCAUUCAAAUUCAAAAUGACAAAGCAGGAACACAGUAAAUUUGUUCAGGCAGUUAGGUACUCACCCAGUGGGAAUCAUUUUGCAUCAGCAGGCUUUGAUGGUAAGGUGUUUCUGUAUGAUGGUGCAUCUGCUGACCUCGUUGGUGAAAUUGGCUCCCCAGCACACAAAGGAGGUGUAUAUGCUGUUGCUUGGAAACCUGAUGGGAAACAGCUACUGACAGCAUCUGGAGACAAGACAUGCAAACUGUGGGAUGUUGAAACCAGAACUGUUGUCUCUGAGUUUGUAAUGGGCACCCAAGUUGAAGAUCAACAGGUAUCUUGUUUGUGGCAAGGACAGUACCUUCUGACCGUUUCCCUUAGUGGAUUCAUUACUUAUUUGGAUGUCAACAACCCUGUAAAGCCCAUAAGAGUGAUAAAGGGACACAAUAAGCCUAUUACAGUUCUUGCUUUGAGUCCAGACAAGAAGACUGUUUACACUGGUUCACAUGAUGGUUUUAUUACUAGCUGGGAUUCUAAAACAGGAGAGAAUGACAGAAUUGAAGGAAAGGGACAUGGAAAUCAAAUUAAUGGCAUGAAAGCAGUGGAUAAUUUUCUUUACACCUGUGGAAUUGAUGACAGUAUCAAGCAGGUUGAUAUUGCAACUAAAACAUAUCUUCCAACUGAUGUGAAACUUGGUUCCCAGCCACGUGGUAUGGAUAUCAAAGGAGAGACAAUUGUAGCAGGCACAGUGAAAGAGGUUUGUGUUGUCCAAGGAGGCAGGAAAGUAUUUAGCCUGCCUGUAGAUUACGAGCCAUCAUGUGUUUCAUUAAACAGUGAACAUCCAGAUGUUGCUGUUGGAGGAGCACUGGACCAAAAGGUUCAUAUCUAUGCAAUGACUGGUGCUAAUCUGAGUCCAAAGCUUGAGUUGUCUCAUCUUGGGGCAUUGACAGAUUGUGCAUAUUCACCUGAUGGCCAAUAUCUUGUUGCUUGUGAUUCUAAUAGAAAGGUCAUCCUGUACAAGUUGCCUGAUUAUCAGUUGGCUCACAAUAAAGAAUGGGGAUUCCACAAUGCCAGAGUCAAUACUGUUGCUUGGUCACCAAAUUCUCUUUUAGUUGCCAGUGGAAGCUUGGAUACAACUAUAAUUGUGUGGAGUGUACAGAACCCUGCAAAGCACACAAUUAUUAAAAAUGCUCACCCACAGAGUCAGAUUACUCGGCUGGUGUGGCUGGACAAUGAUACAUUUGUUUCUGUGGGACAAGACUGCAACACUAAAAUUUGGGAAAUAUCUUCUAUUUAGGAUUAUGCACAACGUUCAGAAAACAAGAAGCUGAACCAUGAUUGUAAAGAUGCUACAGCAAGACAGAGAACUUCUUCAAAGGCAGGGGUCAUUUUUGUCUUUUAUUAGUGACACAAAGCACUUUGUAAACUUUUAUAUGUUCUGUACUAUGUGCAGCUCUUAAAAAUGAAAAGGUAACAGUUUGGCUAUGAAACUAUGAGAGAUGGGUUGAGCCUGUGUUAAAAUUAAUAUUUUUUUAAGAGAACUUUUGUAUUACUCUGUCGCAUUUAUAGCUUAUGCUAUGCAGGUUUUUGAGCAGAAGAUUAUAAAGCUCUCUCACUCAUGUGUCAACCCAUCAAGUUUAUUUUUUGAGGAAUGUGUACAGUGUUUGUAUUCAAACAUACUUAGACCCAAACUCUGCAUUCGUUAGAAUAUGGUGAUCAGUGAAUAACUGCUGUCAUGGGAUUUAGUAGAUGGUGAUCAAUUGGAUGAGUCUUUUGACACCUUAUAACAAUCAGCUGUAGAUUUUUCAGAACUCGACAAAAAAGCAAGACAAUUUAGUCCUUGCCUGUCUAAAAUGGAAAUACUUUGAAAGACACGGAACAACAAUUUGUUUCAUGAUAUAUGUCCCUCUUUCCCAUGCCCCCCCCCCCCCCCCCUCUCUCUCUCUCUCUCUCUCUCUCUCUCUCUCUCUCU